UUGUGUGUGAACAAUUCAAAUGGCUACUAAUGAAGGAUGGCCUGAGGCUUUUGGUUUCUCUAUGAGCUAUGGAGCUCCGUGCAUCAUUGACUGGGUAGAAGAUGGUGGAAGUGCGGAAGAAUCCGGGCUACAGGUAGGGGAUCUGCUAGUUGAACUUGAUGGAGAAGACGUGAGCGAAUGGAGUGUAGAGGAUGUCAUUGCUAGAGCACACAAAGCAGAAAAGGUCCCACCAAGCUUGAUGGUAAAGUCACACGUGCGACUGUACGAGUUGCCACGGCGACAGGAGGCCAGCGAAGAAGAAGAAGACAAGGAAGAUGAUUUUGGUCUGACUCUGAGAGGAGACUGUCCGGUCUACAUACGGUCGGUGGAUUUUGAUAGUCCGGCACACGAACUGGGGCUGAGAUCUGGAGACCUCUUGCUUGAAGUUAAUGGUAUUAAUGUUCGAUACACAUCAAAGAAAGAAGUUUCCGAAUUGAUAAGAUUAACAGGGUCAGUAUUGUCACUGGUUGUAGUGUCAGAAGGAAGUGCUAGCAUCAAGAGCAGACGAAAGUCAAAGAAAGGAAGAGCUAAAGCUUUCUAUGAGAAGCUUAAUUAUUAUUUUCAAGAUGAUGAGACGAAAAAGAGACAGCUACUGGCCCUCCUCAACCAUUAUUAUGCCAACAGGGACAUUGAAAGCUUUGGGCGGGGCUUGUACAUGCUAUUAGAAACAGACAUUGACAGAAGAAUACUAUCUGAUGUUAGGACUUUGCUUCAACCAAGGGAUUUGACAAGAUUUGAUUCACUUCUUUCUUAUGAACCAUUCAAAAAGCAAACACCACAUUCACAAACAAUUACGACAAUUAAUGAAGAGGAUUGUCACUCAGUUAUAGUCCAUAGAGGUGAUGGUGGGUUUGGUUUCUCACUGAGUGGGAAUGCUCCAGUAUACAUUAGAUCGGUAGAUACUGCUUCAGCUGCUGCUAGAGCUGGAGUGGAACCUGGGGAUUUCAUCAUUGGAAUCAACAAUGAAGAUGUUAGGUCAGCCACACACUCAAGAGUAGUGCAUCUACUGAAAGGAAGUGGAUCUCAUCCAUCACUUCUCCUUUGUUCAUCUCCUCCUACACCUGCAGGAGUCUUUACACAGCAGGCAAAAGACAACUAUUACAGUGAAGUAAAGGCACAGAAUGUAGCACUGAGAGAAAAGAUGGGACGAGUUGGGCUGAUAAAGGAGGAGAGACAGUCAGUGAGACACAGUUUGACAGAAUUUUCAAAAUCAAGAGAUCUUCCAGGGCUAGUGGAUGCAUUGCACGAUGUAUUAAAUGAGCCAAAGAAGCACAUUCUCUUUCAUCACAUUUGCCAACUACUACCCGAGGAGAGUCAAUCAGAGUUCGACCAGCUUGCAUCAAAGGCAGUUGCACAUGAUACCAUAUAUGGUGGCAUUACUAGCAGACAGCAGGAGGGCCUAUCAGAUACGAGAAUUGGAUCAUCUUCACCUUUCUUCAAUGAAAGACACUUCUCUGGUCGUCCUCUGCCAUCGAUUCCACCUAAUGAGAAACCUUUCUCUCCGUACACUCUUCCUGUCAAAUCCUCUUCAUUAUCUCCUCCCUCUCAUUCCCCCCUCCCCCCGUCCUCCCUCACUCACUCAACACGUACUCCUUCAAAUAUUCAUCCUCUUCCUUCUCUCCUUCCUCCUCCAUCUCACUCUUUACUCUCUCCUCUUACUCUUCCUCCUCCUCUCCCUCCUCCUUCUUCCCUCUCUCACCCUCUACCUCCUCCGUCCACGUCUCUUGCUGAUGCACUAAAAAAGAAAACACUCUCAAAAACCAAAUCCCAAUCAUCAUCAGAAACAGCCAAUAAAUCAACAAAGGUUCCAUCACUAGCAGUACCAACAGGAGCUUCUCCUCCCCCUCCUCCUCCUCCUCCUCCUCCUCCUCCCCCUCCUGCUUUAGGAGCUCAAGGCCAGACACCAUCAAAGUUCAAGCAUGUCAACUGGGACAAGUUGCAUGGACCAACCGUUGAAGGAACAAUAUGGAGAGAACUGAGUGGUUUAGAGGAGGUAUUGAAAUACUCUGAGCUUGAUGAUCAGUUUUCAAGCCAAACACCAAAGAGAGCUGCUAAUAGCACCAAAUCUAUUGAUCAACUUAAAGUUUUGGAUCCAAGGAAAGCAUACAACAUAUCUAUACUGCUGGGUCAUUUAAGAGUCUCUUAUGAUGAUGUAAGGAGAGCAGUGUUUUCAUGCAACACUCACUUACUCUCAAUAGAGAGGCUACAGCAGAUGGAGAAAUAUGCUCCAGACAAAAAAGAAUGCUCAGAAUAUAAGGAGUAUUAUGAGGAUAUGUCAAAGCUUGGUCCUGCUGACCAGUUUUCCUGCAUUAUGAGUCAGAUACCUCAGUAUCGGGAGAGGCUUCAAGCUAUGAUUUUUAAACUUCAUUUCUUUGAGAAGUUGGAUGAAGUGAAACCAGACCUCAAUUCAAUCAUACUUGCAUCACAAGAGUUAUGUGAAAAUCGAAAACUAAAAAAGAUAUUUGAACUAGUGCUGAGUAUUGGGAAUUACAUGAAUGUGGGGUACAAAGCUGAAGGGUUUAGAAUCCACUUCAUAUCAAAACUUAAGGAUCACAAGACAAAUGAUGGAAAGUCAACUUUACUUCAUUUCCUUGUCAAGACUAUUAUCAACAAAUAUCCACUAGUCCAGGACUUCCCAACCGAUUUGAAAACAGUCAAAGUGGCAGCUAGAGUUUCUGGUGAAACAUUGGAGCAAGAAGUAGCUGAACUUCAAGAUGGCUUAACGGAACUCCAAAAGACAGUUCAAACUAUUGCUAGGUCUUCUGACCCCUCUGAUCAAUUCACUGCAGUCAUGACGCCCUUCAUUAAGAAUGCAGAAAAGGAAAUGAGCUCACUCAUUAAGCUGUAUACUCAAAUGAAAUCAGAAUUCAGUAAAGCCACUCAGUUUUUUGGGGAAGACUCGUCAAAGCUUCAAAUUGACGAAUUCUUUAUCAUAUUUGCUACAUUCAUGACUGAUUUUGAUAGAGUGCUGUCGAACAUUAAAAGGGCAGAGCAUGAAGAGUCGGAAAAAAUGAGAAGACAACAAUUGAAAUUGCCUAAAGGUCAAAGGUCAUCGCCAAGAACCUUCAGACAGGAGGAGGAGGAUCCAUUUAGAGCCGAACUGGCAAGGAAGUUUGCGUCAAGAGAUUCAUCAGAAGUCCUGCUAGCAGCAGCAACAGGACUAACAAUUGAAGAUGAUGAGGAUGAAGAUGAAGAUCAAGAAUUAGUUGAUAGAGAGACCUUUUUCUGAUAAUAUAGCAUUGAUAUUAUAAUUAAUAACA